AUGUUGUCGGGUGAAACCGCCAAAGGUCUUUAUCCACUGGAAACUCUCAAGAUGAUGCAUUCAAUCUGCAAGGAAGCCGAGACUGCAUUUUACUACACCAAAUACUAUGAGGAAAUCAUGUUCCACACUGUAAAGCCGACGGAUCGUACACAUACCACCGCCAUCGGUGCAGUUUCUGCUGCUGUUUCCUGCAAAGCCAGUGCAAUCAUCCUCAUCACUUCCACUGGAAGCACCGCUAUUCUGUGUUCUCGCUAUCGCCCACCGGUACCAGUGAUCUCUAUUACACGAGACGAACGGGUUGCUCGCCGACUGCAUCUCUACAGAAGCGUAUUUCCCUUGCACUGGCCCAAACCACGCGGUCCCGACUGGCAAGCUGACAUCGACGAACGUAUCGAAUACGGCAUUGCAGCUGGCAAGAAGCGAGGCGUGAUCUGGACCGGAGAUCCAUUGGUUGUCGUCACCGGCUGGCAUCAAGGUGCCGGAUUCACAAACACGAUUCGAAUACUCAUUGCCACAUAA